AAAUGGAGGGAUAAGGUUUUAACUACAAUAAUGGGGGGGUUUAAGGUUAGGAACAUAGCACCUUAGUCUAAAAAGUGGAUUUUACUUUCAGAUUGAUUUGUUAAAUCGAGUUGACGACCCAAACACUCAUUGGAAAGAGAAUAGAAGGUCUUGAACAAAGUUCACGAUCAGCAACAUUCGGAAGAGAUAUUUCUCAAGUACUCAAGUUGGUACGUUAUUCCUCAAGUUGGUACGGUAACAGUCAAGUUGGUACGGUAAUUCUCAAGUUGGUACGGUAAUUCUCAAGUUGGUACGUUAAUUCUCAAGUUGGUACGGUAACACUCAAGUUGGUACGGUAAUUCUCAAGUUGGUACGGUAAUUCUCAAGUUGGUACGGUAAUUCUCAAGCUCUUACGGUAAUUCUCAAGUUGGUUAGUGAGAUAAUCUAAAAAUUGUAAAAAUGGCAGAUCGAUUUUGGAAAUCCAUGCCUGCGGCGCUAAAGAGGCCUACGCUCGAUGAGUUGUACAGACGCUUGAGGGACCUGGACUACACCCAAGUGGACGAGAGGAUGGCAGUGCUGUUGAACGCCAUCCUGCAAUUAGAGGAGCAAGGUGAGUGCAGGGAGUCCGCAACCGAAGCUGUCGUGAUGGUCGGCUACACCACAGAAGGCAUAUCCAAUCAAGAACAAACCAGGUGGCUAUCCUGGAAUGUGGAUGGAGGGGUGAGAGGGUUCGACUUGGCGAGGAAUCCUGGCUUAAGCAACAACACUGAGUACGGCGCGGGAGAAUUCCCAUUGCCGACCAGACCAUCAGCAAGAUCCGCGAGCCAGUCCACAAGCAAGCCACCUUCAAUCACGAGAGCCCAGCAAACGGAAAAGACGUAUCCUGACCUCAGCAACUUGAAGAGGGCGCAGAGGGAGAAUAAUAAAGCGAAUCUUGAACGGGAGAGCGCGAAGCUCGAGAGAAAUCAAGCGAAUCUGGAGAGGGACCAGGCGAUCCUUGAGAGGGACCAGGCGCGUCGUGACCUUGAUAUGUUGAGAGCAGAAUACCAGCAAGAACAGAGGGUGCGAGAGAACGCGGCGAAUUGUGAGCAGUUGAAGUCGGAACUUGAAAGGAUCCAGCGGAGACAACGAGAGCUCGACAGGCAAAAGGAAGAGGAAACCAGGACGAUGUCGCGUAUGGAGGUGGAUGAGGCUCACAGAUCGAAGGGACGAUUCAACUUAGACCGCGCGGCUCAAAAACACAUAAACGAGGGACUGGAAGUAUGGAUACCAACCGAAUCAGCGUCCUCCCUGCGCUGUUUGGAGACGCAACCGAUACGCUCAUUGAUGGACGUGGUGGGUGCAGUUCACCUGAUUGUAGGGGACAGCCUGGUACGGGUGCUGACCCGAAUCCAGUCGCACUGGCAGACUGGAGUCUUGAGUUUCUCUGGAGCCGCAAUGCCGCAGAUGUUGGCAUCACUUGAGAUGCUAGGGAUGGCAAGAAUGUACACAGUGACUCUAAUGUUGGGGACGAAUGACGUGUCCAGAGGGGAAUCGAGGAAAGUCAUGAGGCUACAUGAUAAAGUGAGCUGCAUCCUGGAGGAGCUGCGGAUUCAGAUGGAUCCCGCCAUACUCACAGUUUGCACCACCCCUUACAACAUGAAGGCCGACCAACACGCGAUAGAAAUGAACGAGAAAGUGCGGAACCUGAACGAGAUAAUUAGGCAGAUACAUCAAAGGAGUGUCCUUCCCGUCAGAUUGCUGGACGUAGCCGACCAGAUGGAGCGAUCCUUCCCGGAGGAUGCGUCCUCAGACGGAAUCCAUUUCGACAGACCUAGGGGUGUGGAGUGGUUGAAUGACGUUUUCCAGAGGCACAUAAGUGAGUUGGAGGCAGAUCUGCUUGAGACGGCCCAAUUCACAUUCGGUCCACCCCCAAAUCCCCCUUUCCUUGCCACAAGACCCCUGUCCAGUCGCCUGGGAGCGAGAGUCGACUCAAGAGACAGCUCGAGGAGCAGCUGGACUAGAUUACCGGGUUCCACGCCAAUGGGAGCCGAGGAAGCGGAGUCAUCAACGCCCCAAAGUUCAGUGGUGUCCUCAGUGGUAGUGGUAGACAACAAGAGAGUGGAGAGACCAGCGGAGGCAAGCCGAGCGCGAUAUCUGGAGAAAGUAAAGGAAUUGGACCUGGAGGAUCUGGAGUGCAGACAGGAGUUGGCGGAAGUCCUGGGGCUCAAGCACAUGUCACACGAGGAUUUGAGUCGACGCAAUCAGCACGAUAAUCCCAACAACGAGGCAUCAGGAGCUUCAAGUUUGCCACGACGAGUAGAUGAAGAGAGUCCAGUUAAUUCGACGAUAGAAAUGUCUGAUUGCAAUUCACAAAAUCAUGUCUCGCAUGUCUAGUCAAUCAGUUUAUUUUUUGGUGCUAAUUUCACUAUUUUUUCUUAUAAUUUGUUGUUUUAAAGUUGAUUCAAUGCCUUCUUCGUUCCUCGACCGUUAUUUGACUACUAGUUUUAUGGGUCAUUUUGGUGAGUUUACCUGAAGUACAGAAAAGGGUUGUAAGAAAGAAAAAAGGCAAAAAUGCCCUACAUUUGCUAAAAAGUAUUCAAGACAUGCUGGUUUCAUUGCGCAAAAAAACUAAUCGAAUUAAAGUGGAUGAACCAAAAUAAUCAUUCCUGUGGUUUAAUAAUUUUUUGAGGUUUUCGAAGUGACUU